GCUCUGGCAGGUUACACGAGUUUAUUUUCAGCGUUUUUCUUGGAGACGGUAUCGAUGGCGUGAAGCAGCCGCCGGAGCUCUGUUUCUGUUUAUCCGUGUAUUUCAUGCGGUGAGUGGAGACGUCUCCGGAGCGCCGGAUUUUGGGAAUUCAGCGGCGACAUGUGAAAUGUCGCAGCGUGGUUUGUCGGUAUUUCCAGGCGGCGACGGACAGACCCAGCCAGGCUAGCUGAGCUAGCUGUAGCUAACAGCGUUAGCCCCGCCGCUGGCUCCGUGUGGCGUGGUGUCGACGCAGCAGCGUUAUUCCGGCUGCGUUUGUUCCAGUGUCCGCUCGUAUCCCAUCCACAGACUGCCGGAGUGUCGCUCCACGCCGCCGCUUCAAUGCAGGGACGACUCUGCGAGUCAACUUAGCUCAUGUUAGCCGAUUCUGAGCGGAGGAGAGAGGCUUCGGAUAUCCACCCUUUUGAGCCCGUUCGCCGGCAGGCAGCCCCGCUCAGGUCGCUGCUGACAUGCGGCGCUGAUGCUCGCUCUGUGCUAGCUCCCAGCCCACGUCGCAGCACAUAUUGUGGAGGGCUGACAUGGCAGCCAGCGGCUACUCCGACCUGAGGGAGAAGCUCAAGUCCAUGACUCCGCACAGGGACGACUACAAAAACAAGUACGCGGACGGGACGAGUAACGGCAGCGGGAAGACCCGAAAGCGGAAACACCGGGAUUCCGAUGACGACGAGUACGGACACAGCGACGACAGCGCGGAGCUCCGGGAGCAGGAGGCCCACCGGGUGCGGAGCAGCAUCCAACAGAAGAGCAUCUUCACGGCGGAGGAGUGCGCCCUCAUCGAGGAGAAGAUCGACGAGGUGGUCGCCAAAGGGGAGGCUGGACUUUACCGCGAGCACACCGUGGACAGGGCGCCCCUCCGCAACAAGUACUUCUUCGGGGAAGGUUACACGUACGGAGCCCAGCUGGAGAAGCGUGGUCCGGGUCAGGAGCGGCUGUACCGCAAAGGAGAGGUGGAUGAGAUCCCGGGCUGGGUGCACGACCUGGUGAUCAAGCGGCUGGUGUCCAACGGCGUGAUCCCGGAGGGCUUUGUCAACAGUGCGGUGAUCAACGACUACCAGCCGGGCGGGUGCAUCGUGUCACACGUGGAUCCCCUGCACAUCUUUGCGCGGCCCAUCGUGUCGGUGUCCUUCUUCAGUGACAGCGCGCUGUGCUUCGGCUGCCGCUUCCAGUUCAAACCCAUCCGCGUGUCGGAGCCGGUGUUUGUCCUGCCUGUGAGGAGAGGCAGUGUCACGGUGCUCAGUGGAUAUGCUGCUGAUGACAUUACCCACUGCAUCCGGCCUCAAGACAUCAAGGAGCGGCGUGCAGUCAUCAUUCUCAGAAAGACCAGACCUGAUGCUCCCAGACUGGAUGCAGACAGCCCUUUAAGCUCUUCUCUUUCUGAGAGGCCAACAGCCAUGAAAACCAAACGCUCUCAUCGCAAAGCAGACCCUGAUGCAGCUCACAGGCCGAGGGUUCUGGAGAUGGACAAAGAAGAGAACAGACACCCUUCUCUCUCUCGUCCAAGUCAUCGCAGCAUCAGCUCAGAGAACUACUGGAGGCGCAAGCAAGACUACGACAAACACCGGGAGAGUUCGGGCCGCAAAGUGAAAAUGAGACGCCACUGAGCACUCCUGCCACACUCAUGUACACAUCUGAUUAUCCGUUCUUUUAUAUAUUUCAAUAUUGUCCCAUCGUUUGAUCGGUGUUUGUAUCCUGGUCCAGUUGUAGUCUGGACGGAGGAGCACAGUCAUCCCGUUGUCUAAACUUUCAUUUGAGUCUGGUUCAGUUUGAGUGUAUUUUUGUUUCUGGCAGACAAAGCUCUCUUCAUUACAGACUCUGGAGUUUCUCUCUGCAGUUAGGCUCUCUUCAUUUACCUUAAAUUUAUCAUUCUUUGUUCAUAGAUAACCUCACAAUAGCAUGUAUUUUUUGUAACCAAGGUGUACAGACCUGAAGAGCUUAAAGGAUCAUGAGGACUUGUACAAAGGCAAACCUGAGCUGUAAUCUAACUUGUUAUAAUGUAUAAUACGUUUGUAUAGUCUUUUGAUUGAGGGACUUUUAUGGAGAAUGAAUCUAUUUCUGUUUUCCACACCUACACCUCUGAUCUACACCUUUUACUGUGCCACGUCACACUUUCGCUCUUGUUCGCCUCGGCCUCUGUAUUGCGGUUUUUAAGUGUCAGCAGAUGUGCAGUCAUGUUCGGGGUGUUAGAUUUGACUGGAUCAUCUGGAUGGAGGUCACAGUGCCGUGCAGUAAUUAAGGUGAUGCUUUAUGGGGCCGCCGGAGAACUCAGGUCUUGUUUUACGCUCCUGUUUGUUGUUCUGCCCUCUACUGUGACAGAGGCCAUGUUACUGCUGAUGCUCAUUAACACUAACUUUUUUUUUUUUUUUUUCAUUCAGUCGAGUGAAACUGGGGUCAGUCAGAACUUAAUUUGACCGAAACCACCGUUUAUUUUGUCGUGCGUUGAUUGGGUCAGAAAGGGAGCUCAGUUUCCAGACGUCCUUGCAGUAAACACAUAAAUGUUACUUUAUUCCCAUCUGCCGUAUUUGGCGGGGGUAGUUAUUAGCUGACUGCUAAGUUUGUCUGGAGUUACACAGGAACAAAAAUAACCCCAGUUCAGAGGAGCAAUUGCUUGCUAAAAACAGAUGAGUGUCCGCGUUCAUGGCUCUCUGAAGCUCUGACACUUUGCAAACGUGUCAGUAAAACUGAUCUGCAUGAGGCAAAGAGGGGACAGUUGGGGCACAUGAGGUAGUUUUAUGACUUUUUAGUAGUCACAUUGUUUUGAUUGAAAAAGGUGCAGGCUCAAUAAAGAAUAAAGCUGAAA